AUGGCUGCGGAACCGCUAUAUCCCGCCUAUCUCCCCGUCAGGCCGGAAGGGUUCACAGCAACACUUGACGUGCCAGCUUUCGAUGCAGAGGAGCCUGGAUUACGAGCGGAUCCUGAGCUCCCAGACAUCUUAUCGUCAAAAGCGGCCCUGAAAAACAUCACGCCGCGAGUCGGAACUGAAAUCCACAGCCUUCAACUCAGCCAGCUGACGGCAGCAGGGUUGGACCAGGUGGCCCUUCUGGCUGCUCAGAGAGGCGUUCUUGUCUUUGUGAGUUGA